UAAUUAUAAAAACAUGGGUGGGAAAAAACACAAUAUUAGCGAGGUGCUUAGACUACAAAAGGUUUAUGUCGAUAAAAAUUCCAAAACAGCAUGGGCAACUGCAGACAAAAUCGAUGAUGACAUCUUAUUUGAAAAAUACGUCAAGAAACAAAAUGAUCUUAUAAUAAAAAAUAAAAUGACAAAUAAUCAAUUAACAGAGAAUAUCUGUAAUACUAUUGAAAUGGACAUAGAUAAAGUCUCUGAGGGGGUCAUCCGAAUUUUUUGUAUUUUGGUCGUUUUUAAAUAA